AUGGGCGAUCUUCCGAAUGUAAGAGUAAAUCGCUCAGCUCGAGCAUUCGAACAUGCCGGUGUCGAUUAUGCCGGUCCAAUUCUUGUACGAACCUCUCGUGGACGAGGUCAUAAAGCGCAUAAAGCCUAUAUUGCCGUGUUCGUUUGUAUGACGACAAAGGCGAUCCAUCUCGAGCUCGUUAGCGACUACUCUUCAGACGCUUUUCUCGCCACAUUAAAUCGUUUCGUUUCUCGUCGCGGAUACCCUGCAUCGAUUUAUUCGGAUAAUGGAACCACAUUCCAAGGUGCCGAUCGCGAACUUAAACUCGCAAUCGCGCAGGCUUUAAAAAAUUCGGAUUUGCAAAAUACGCUUUCGACCGACGGAAUAAACUGGCAUUUCGUGCCUCCUUCCGCUCCCCACUUCGGUGGAUUAUGGGAAGCUGCUGUACGCAGCGUCAAAUACCAUUUAAAGCGCUGUAUCGGCUCACAUACGCUCACAUUUGAAGAAUUAAAUACUGUUCUUUGUCGUAUCGAAGCGUGUCUUAACUCGAGACCUAUUGGGUCUGUGUCCGAAAAUCUCGAUGAUUAUCAUGUAUUAACACCGGGACACUUCCUCAUCGGGGGACCCAUCUUAGCUGCGCCACAGCCAAGCGUUCUCGAUCUUAACGAAACUCGUCUUUCCCGCUGGCAAUUGUUGCAACAUAUUACAGAAAAAUUUUGGAAAUCAUGGUCAAACGACUACUUAUUAACGUUGCAGCAGCGGCCAAAAUGGAAAAUUGCGCAACGACUUGCGACUGUAGGCCGAAUCGUUCUCUUGCGGAACGCACUUGCUCCUCCGUCUCACUGGGAGCUCGGACGUAUCAUCGAAUGUCAUCCCGGCAACGACGGACUCGUUCGCGUCGUUACCGUGCGCACCGCGCGUUCACAGUAUAAGCGUCCAAUUGUAAAAUUAUGUUUUCUUCCGAUCGAUAUCAAUACUUCAAGCGAUCAAAGUUCCGGCAUGGCGGGCGGCACCGAUUCCGAUUAG